AUGACCGCUCUUCCUCUACGAUCCCAUCCUGUCUCCUCGUCAUCUCCUUCCUCCUCACAACCACUCCCUUCAUCUUCGACUCGCGCUCCAGCCUCAGACUCCCCCGAACGUCUUCUCAUCGACGACUCUCUAUCAGUAUCCGACUCAGACCUUCUGGAGACAGCAGCAGGACCACCAUCAGGUACAGCAAGGGUAGCUUCAACGUCGAACUCAGGCGCAAGCGGAGGAAGCCAAACAGUAGCUGGCCCAUCUCGCGAACGGGUUGCCAGAUCAGUAAACGACGAGGACGAGAGCGAAAGCGACUGGGAUAUAGAGAUGGAACCCAUUGCAGGACACCGGCGGCGGCGGAGUAGCCAUAACAUGGCCGUUCGGCCUGCCGGAUCACCUAGCCGACUUCGUGAUACAAGCCGCGGCCCUACACCCGGCAACUCGACAAUCGAGCCCAAAAUAUCCGAGGAAAAUCUAGAUGCGAAUGGCUUCGCGAUCGGCAAAGACGAAUCAGGCGACGACAGCUUGACCGAUGAAGAUUUACAAGACGAUGAAGAGACGGGAUUGACCCGUAAGGACAAGCAAAGGCGGCAGAAGAAGCGAAGCAGAAAUACCCAAUUAGACCAAAGAAUCGCCAGGGACAGGAAGGAUAUCUCAAAAGAGGAACGUAAAGAAGCAGACAAGGCUGUUUUCAGGAGCUUGAUCGUCAACGUGGUCCUGAUUCUCCUAUGGUACCUCUUUUCGUUAUCAAUAUCGAUCUACAACAAAUGGAUGUUCGAUCAUGACCGUCUGAAUUUCGCCUUUCCUUUGUUUACCACCUCUAUGCACAUGGUAGUACAGUUUGUGCUCUCAGGUUUAGUUCUGUACUUCGCACCCUCUCUGAGGCCAGGACAUGGUGCCACUCAGGCAGGUUUUCACCAGUCCGAUAUGGGGAGGUCAAGACACGAUGAUGAGCCCAAGUCUUACGGCAUGACCAAGAUGUUUUACCUCACCCGAAUUGGGCCCUGCGGCGCAGCGACUGGUCUUGACAUUGGACUUGGCAACACCUCUCUCAAAUUCAUCAGCCUUACGUUUUACACCAUGUGCAAAUCCUCUUCGCUCGCUUUUGUCCUUAUGUUCGCUUUCGCCUUCCGUCUCGAAACCCCGACAUUGCGUCUCAUCGCCAUUAUUGCUACCAUGACAAUGGGUGUCGUUCUUAUGGUGUUUGGUGAAGUCGAAUUCAAGGCCGGUGGUUUCGCUCUCGUCAUCUCUGCCGCCUUUUUCUCUGGUUUCCGAUGGGCACUGACCCAGAUCCUACUUCUUCGCAACCCUGCGACCUCAAACCCGUUCUCCAGCAUCUUCUUUCUUACUCCUGUCAUGUUCCUAGUUCUUAUCUGCCUCGCCGUGCCAGUAGAGGGAAUCGGAAACUUGAUUGAGGGAUACAAGGUUCUGGGUAACGAAUGGGGUUAUUUCAUGGCACCCCUUUUCCUACUUUUCCCCGGAUGCAUUGCCUUUUGCAUGACUGCCUCUGAGUUUGCCCUGCUGCAGCGAACUUCCGUCGUUACCCUCUCUAUUGCCGGCAUUUUCAAGGAAGUUGUCACUAUCAGUGCGGCUGCUCUUGUCUUUGGUGACCGCCUGACGCUCAUCAAUUUUGUUGGCCUCCUCACGACCAUGGCUGCCAUCGCUGCUUAUAACUAUAUUAAGAUUGCCAAGAUGCGUGAGGAGGCACAGGAGAAUGUCCAUGGUCGACAUGCCGACGAAGACGAACCCGGCUCUCCCGGAAGCCAGACUAGCGGAAUCAUCGACCGUGAUGGUGAUACUGACGCGGAAAACACUGGCCUAUUGCGUGAUAGCAUCGAUCGCCUCGAUAUUGACGAGCCGGCUCCGGCGACGACCAGUGAGCGUCGCUAG